AUGGCAAUGGUAAAGGUUGGAAAUGUGGUGGUGAUGUGCAUGGUGGUGGUUGCAGUUGCAACUUCCCUACAUGCAGAAGCAUCCCUAUCGUGCGGUCAGGUGGAAGGGAGCAUGUCCAAUUGCCUUGGCUACCUCAAGAAUGGUGGUACGGUUUCUCCGGCGUGCUGCGGCGGGGUCAAGUCUCUCUUGAGGAUGGCUAAGUCCACAACCGACCGCCAGGACGCUUGCAGGUGCUUGCAAGAUGCUGCUAAAAAAAUCCCCGGUAUCAAUCCCGGCUUCGCUUCUUCCCUCCCCGGAAAAUGUCGUGUCAACAUUCCUUACAAGAUCAGUCCCUCCACUGACUGCUCCAGGUGGUGA